AUGUCAUCUAUACACCCACAAACAUACACACGCAUGAGAAGCGAAACACCUGUAUCCAGUCAUGGCUCACGAACGCUAACAGUAGAAGAUGAAGAUGAAGAAUUUUUCGAUAAGACGGACAGUAAUGGAGCUUCAGAAGAAGACGACCAAGAACCUUUUGGUGUGCUACACUUAAGAGGUGAUAUGAAUGCCAGAAGACGACUGAUUCACUGGGACGAAAGUGUGGUUGACAACGAGCAUAUGAACAAAAAAAAGUCGAAAAUCUGUUGUAUUUACCAUAAACCUCGUGCCGUCGGCGAGUCAUCAGACGAAAGCAGCAGUAGCUCGAGUAAUGAUGGUAGCGAUAGUGAUGAUAGUGAUGAUAGCGUUAACAAUGAGAGCGAAAAAAUAGCUCAUCAGCGUCAUAGUAGAACAUGCAAGCAUAGCCAUUCUAAACGCAGAAGUAAAAGGAAUCCUAGAGAAGUUAGCCCAAAUGCCUAUGAACGUCAACCAAACUAUAAUAAAUAA